AUGGGGCAUCUGAAUCUACCUUCGUCGAAACGCAAUGCGAGGCAGUGGCGCCUCCUGGAUUUGGUCUCCGCCUCUUUCUUCGCCGCCGUGUUUCUGUUCUUCCUCUUGGUGUUUACUCCUCUCGGAGACUCACUGGCGGCGUCGGGGCGGCAGACGUUGCUGAGGUCGACUUCGGAUCCGAAGCAACGCGACCGCCUGGUGGCUUUGGUGGAGUCCGGCCAACAGCAGAGCAUUGAGUCUUGCCCCGCUGAUGCUGUGGAUCACAUGCCGUGUGAAGAUCCAAGGAGAAAUAGUCAGUUUAGUAGAGAAAUGAAUUAUUAUAGAGAACGGCACUGCCCGUUGCCGGAGGAGACCCCGCUCUGUUUGAUUCCACCGCCUGAGGGGUAUCAGAUUCCCGUUCUUUGGCCCGAGAGCUUGAACAAGAUUUGGCACAACAACAUGCCAUACAACAAAAUAGCUGACAGAAAAGGCCAUCAGGGAUGGAUGAAAGAAGAAGGCCCAUACUUUAUUUUUCCGGGUGGUGGCACAAUGUUCCCGGAUGGAGCAAUACAAUAUAUUGAGAAACUUAAACAGUAUAUUCCUAUAGCUGGCGGAGGUCUGAGAACAGCUCUUGAUAUGGGAUGUGGGGUUGCCAGUUUUGGUGGGUACCUGCUUGCUGAGGACAUUUUAACCCUGUCUUUUGCUCCACGAGAUUCACAUAAGGCACAAAUACAAUUUGCACUGGAAAGAGGAAUACCAGCUUUUGUUGCAAUGCUUGGCACUCGAAGACUCCCAUUUCCGGCUUUCUCAUUUGACUUGAUGCAUUGCUCUCGAUGUUUAAUCCCUUUUACAGCNACUCGAAGACUCCCAUUUCCGGCUUUCUCAUUUGACUUGAUGCAUUGCUCUCGAUGUUUAAUCCCUUUUACAGCCUAUAGUGAGUUUUCUUUAACUUUGUUGCUUCCUUUAUUGCAGACUUCUGUUACCUCCUGA